AGCGCGGCGUCGCAGCCGGGCGGCCGCGGCCGCUCUCUCGCCGCCGGCCCCGGCGCGCAGAGCCGCGGGCGCGGGAGGCGGCGGCGGGGCCGGGGCGGCGCUCCGCGAUGGUAUGGCCGAGCCGGCGGCGGCGGGCGGCGUAGGGCGCGGCGGGGCGGCGGCGGCGGCCGCGGCCCCAGCCAGCUCCGAGGACUACGAGUGCAAGAUCUGCUACAACUACUUCGACGCGGAGCGGCGGGCGCCCAAGCUGCUCGAGUGCCUGCACACCUUCUGCCAGGAGUGCCUCAGCCAGCUGCACCGCCGCGCCGCGCUGCACCCCCCGCCCGCCCCCGCCGCCCCCGCCGCCGCCCCCGCCGCCGCCGCCGCCUCGCUGGCCUGCCCGCUCUGCCGCCACCGCACGGCGCUGCCCGAGCGCCGCGUGCACGCGCUGCCCCUCAACACCAGGCUGGCGGCCGCCUGCCCGCCGCAGCUGCGCGCCCGCGACCCGCUGCCGCAGGACCGGCUGCCGCCGCUGCCGCCGCCCCGCGCCGCCGCCCGCCCCGAGAGCUGCCAGCGCUGCGAGCGGGCCGCGCUCCGCGCCGGCGGCGUCUGCGUCGCCGUCGCCUUCCUGGCCAUGGUGGUGCUGCUCUUCGCCGGCCUCGUCUUCGUCAACCGCCGCGGCGGCGAGCCGGGGGCGCCGCCCUCGCCCCUGGGGCCCGUCUGCCUCUCGGUGGCCAGCGCGCUCGCCCUCGUCGCCGUCGCCGUCACCUGGCUCCUCUGCUGCCUCAAGUACCGGCCCGAGGCGGCGGCGGCGGGCGGCGGCGCCCCGCCCGGCAGCGGCCCCCCGCGGGGGCGGGCGGCGGCGGCCCGCGGCGGCGGCCGCACGUAG